AAGACAUCAACUCCACCAUCGCGUGUACUGUACCGUAGACCAGCGUGACAUGUGAUCACUGUCGUUCUAUCCUCAGGCAAGUAACACACCGGUCACCUGCAGCAGGAACGAUGCCGUCCACCCCGCCGCUGGGAGCAGCAGACGCUGCCCGCGAUCCCCCCAGUCCGCCAUCGCCCACCGCCAGCUUCUACGACAUGUCCGACGACGAGGAGACCGAGUACAGCACCAUCCGCCACAGCAAGACUGGCAAGGGCGUCAAGCUGCUGUACUGCAAGAGCAAAGUCUACGUGCAUCCCACGCAGUCGGCCAAGGACAAUGUCGACGGCUGGCUCGCUCUGGUGCAGCAGAAGCCCGCCGAAGAGGCAGGCAGCAGCUCAAGUAAGCCCAAGCGGACCGACUUGCUCCUGGCCUGGGUGCCAGACAACACCCUCGGCUCCGAGACGCGAGACACAUACACCAAAGUCGAAGGCGCCGACAUCGAGGCCCCGCCCAACCAACGCAACCUCGUUCCCCGUCCACCCGUCGUCACCACUCACAGCUCCAGCUUAGGCACAUAUGCCUUCGCUGUACCCGUGUCCGAUGUCUUUUCCAUUCUGGUACGACCUCCGAGCACCGGAUGGUGGUUCGGGAGCAUCAUCAUUAACACCCGUGCUGGAGACAGCUUCCCUGCCCUCUUCUUUCACGAUUCCGAAUGUCAGUCGACCAUUGCGCGGAGAAAGAAGCUACAAAGGGAGAACUUCAGUAUCAGUGCAGAAGAUGGGCACAUGUUCUGGGGCGGAGAUGAGGUGGUGGAAUGGUUGAAGAAAUAUGUUGUCGUGGAGAGAUCACUGCAGGAGCCGAGUGUGUACAUGAUCGAUCCCAGUGAUGCAGACAAGCUUUCGUUCGGUAGUGGAGGAAAGCCAACUCCAGAUAAAGUCAAGAAUGUCCUCGAAGGCAAACACAAGGACGAGCCGAACAAGGACAAGAGGAAGAGUGCCGGACAACAAGAUCCUGUCAUGAAGGUGCUGCAGAACGCAAGGUGGAACUUCAUGGAGAAGAUGGCUCAAGUGACCACGUUCACUCGAAGAACAGCGCAGGCUGUGGCGGAGAACAAAAACAUCCCGCCGCAAGUCAGGCGAUUGAUGCAGAACCCACAAGUUCAGACGAUGUCGGAUGAGUUCGACUCUGCAAGGAUAUAUCUGGCGAGAUGGGCUAUGGGCAUCGCAGAGCAGUCUGAGCGAGAGCGAAAUCAACGCAUCUGGACUGCCAAGGAUGUGCUCGAGAUGGAAGACACCGAGCUUGGCGAAUUCGAGGUGCUAGACAUGGAGCAGGGCAUGAGCUUGGCCGACCGGAGAAAGCCGGUCACCGUGAAGGAAUGGGAGGGCUUUUUCAAUGCGAGAACAGGACGACUUGAGAAGACGCCAGAUGAGGUGAAGGAGCGCAUCUUCCACGGCGGUCUGGCUGACGACGGGGUGCGCAAGGAGGCGUGGCUGUUCCUGCUUGGUGUAUACGAAUGGGACAGCACGAAAGAGGAACGUCAUGCUCACAUCAACAGCUUACGCGACGAGUACAUUCGUCUGAAAGGCGCAUGGUGGGAGAGGAUGGUCGACGAAGCUGGCACGCUGGAAGAGCGUGAAUGGUGGAAGGAGCAGAAGAUGCGCAUCGAGAAAGACGUGCAUCGCACUGAUCGACACCUUCCACUUUUCGCUGGCGAAGACAUCCCUCAUCCCGACCCAGACAGCCCAUUCGCCGAAGCAGGAACCAACGUCCACAUGGAACAAAUGAAAGACCUUCUCCUGACCUACAACGAAUACAACCGCGACCUCGGCUACGUACAAGGCAUGUCCGACCUCCUCGCGCCCAUCUACGCCAUCGAACAAGACGACGCCGUCGCCUUCUGGGGCUUCGCCAAGUUCAUGGAACGCAUGGAACGAAACUUCCUCCGCGACCAAUCCGGCAUGCGCCUCCAACUUCUCACCCUCGACCAACUAGUCCAACUCAUCGACCCCAAACUCUACGAACACCUCGCCAAAGUCGACAGCACAAAUUUCUUCUUCUUCUUCCGCAUGCUCAUUGUUUGGUUCAAACGCGAAUUCGAAUUCGAAGCCAUUCUCCGUAUGUGGGAAGCUCUUUGGACGGAUUACUAUUCUGCGGAUUUCCACCUCUUUAUCGCAGCUGCGAUAUUGGAAAAACAUCGGAAUGUUAUUAUGGAGCAUUUGAAAGGUUUUGAUGAAGUACUCAAAUAUGUGAAUGAGUUGAGUGGGACGAUUGAUUUGUAUUCUACGCUUGUGAGGGCGGAGAGUUUGUUUAGGAAGUUUCAGAGGAUGGUGGAGGCGAUUGAUCGGAAGAAUAAUUUCCCUGAGGCGCCGGUUGUUGUUAGACAGAGGUUGCCGCAGCCGCCACCGAGGGAUGCUGGGACGAGACCUGGGAGUGAUGGGAGGCCGAGGACGGCGAGUUCGAGUGGGGCUGCGGUUUCGGGGAGGGAGCAGAGGCCUGGGGAGGCGGCAGCGGCAGGACAAGAUGCGACUAAGGCGGAGAAGGAGAGGGUUAUUAGUCCUGAGUUGAGGACUUUGUUGAGUCGGGAGCCGGCGAAGCUUUCGAAGGAGGAGGUGAGGGAGCAUUCUUAGGCUUUUGGAGAGGAGGAGUAUGAUGAUUUCAUGAAUGGAUUCGAUCUCUGAGGCAUAGUAUGAUAUUGCAUGAAUAGGAGCUGGCGCAGGUGUUAUGGGAAGGGUAUGGAGGGUGUUUUGAUAUAUGAUGGAAUCAAUGCGAGACAUCAGAGGAGUUUUAGAGCAGGCAACACAGGACACGACAUUGAGAUUUUACGAAAGAAAGAUGAGCGUUGCCGAG